CUCCGGGUGCCCAAGAGGUGGUUUACUCACUUCUAUGUGGUUUCUGUGCUCUGGAAUGGCUUUCUGCUGACCUGUCUUUCCCAAGCUGAGUUCCUCGGAGGGUCGCUCCCAUCAUGGAUUCAGCAUGUGCAGCAUGCUUUUGGCAGGGACUCUCGGAGUGAGGACACAGACAGCGAGCACUUCUCAGCGUUGCUGGUGCUGCUGCUGCUCUGGCUGCACAGCUGCCGGAGGCUCGCCGAGUGCCACUGGACCAGCGUGUUUUCCAGCGGCGUCAUUCACGUCGUGCAGUACGGCUUUGGGCUUGGCUACUACAUUGCCGUGGGCCUCACUGUGCUGUGUCAAGUGCCUGCUGACAUUGGGAAUGGAAAAGAGCUUUCUGUGCAGGUCUGCUGGUACCAUGUCUUAGGAGUUACAAUGUACAUUUGGGCCUCUCUUCACCAACACAGAUGUCUUGUGAUUCUAGCUAAUCUUAGAAAAAGUAAAUCAGGAAAGGUUGUAAGCCUGAGCCACGGCGUACCUUUCGGAGACUGGUUUGAGAGAGUUUCUUGCCCUCAUUAUUUUGCAGAGCUCCUCAUAUAUGUAUCUAUGGCCAUCACGCUUGGAUUUCACAAUGUGACAUGGUGGUGUGUAGUGAUGUGUGUUCUUUCUAAUCAGGCACUGGCUGCUCUUCUGUGUCAUGAGUUCUACCAGAAAAACUUCAGCUCCUACCCAAAGCAUCGAAAAGCAUUUAUACCAUUUGUUUUUUAG